AUGGCUGGUAAUUUAAACCUUUACGAUUUUAAUGGCUCGAUUAGACGGAAUAAAUUGCAAGAAGCGAUUUUUUCUGAUUUGGCUAAAAAAGAGGAUUUCAUGAGAAAAAUUAAUGAAGAACGUAUUGAAAGACAGGAACGUUCCAGGCGAAAAAUAGCAGCUGUCAAAAUACAAUCUGCAUAUCGGGGAUAUCGUAUUAGGAAGCAAUUUCAUGUCUUUUUGCGAAAUCUUUUCGAUAAAGCAGGUCCAGUACAAAGCAUUACACUAUUGGAAACGCAAAUUUGUCGUUUGGCAUUCUUCUUCCGAUAUGAUGUUGACCGUGAAAGAACUUUAACAUUGUGCAGUGAAGCAGUUAUACUAGCACAAGUUGUAAAAGCGAACAAUUUAUUGGAUCGAAGGAGACGACGGCAACUUUUACGGUGUGCACUUGUGCUUCUGCAACACACCGAUCGAACCAAAUCGUGCACCUCUGCAUUGCGGUUUUUUGAAGUUUAUAUAAAGGAAGAAGAUUGCUUAAUUUUGUUGAAUUAUGGCUUCUACUCAUCCAUAAUGAAUUUGUUCUCGAAUUGUCAUCAGCUUUCUUCUCCUUUGUAUAUUGAGGAGAAACUUCCGCAGUACUCGGAAUCACUUUUGCAAAUAUUGGUUUUACCUAUAGAUCGUCUUUCCAAGAAAUCAAAAGCUAUAUAUGAAUUGUUUGACACGAUCUGCAAACCAAGAUUUGAAGCUAUUACUGUUUGUUGCUUAGCACCCUUUCUAGCUCGACUUUGUAAAGCAGGAACUUGGAAACUCGAUGAUAUUAUGGAUGCUUUAUCAAGUAGUGAUUAUCGCUUAUCACAAGAUGUUUCUGCGCUUUUAAUUUCAUAUAUUGUGGCCGUUAUUACUUCGGCAUUUUCAUUAGAAAAAUUAAGCGAUUUGGAAAAAACCAAAUUGAUUGCUGUGUACGCAUCGCUCACACAAAAUUUUACGCCACCACCGGAAGCAGUAUUAACAGAACGAACUAAUAGUGAUGAUUCAGAUACGGAAGACGAAUCAAACGAUACUAUUAUGGCUGCGAUAUCUGAUGUUGAGCCAGAAAUUCUGGAAAACCGCACAAUUUUACUUGAAAACUCUAAUCUCCAGUCUGAAAUUUCUUCUGUCAAAUGA